CCCAGGGGCUGGGUGUCAGCCCUCCCCUCGGCAGGCCUGGCCACAUCAUUUGUGGGCCCAGCACCAAAGACAAAUACAGGGCCCUGGUUCAAAUAUGAUGAAGAAUUUCAAUCAGGCAGUUAUCUGCCUGCAGAUAAGCGUUAAGCCGGGAGUUGGGCCUUAUGUGGCUGCCCAGGUCACAGCUGCCCGAAAAACGGCCCUGUUCCUAGAUUACCCCAGGGACUCCUCAGUGCCACUGCACGCAGGUCAGUCAUCAUGCCCGCUACCCAGAGCAGCAAAUAGGCUCAGAGAGGGGCCUACUUUUGCCCCAGGUCACACAGCAAGUUAGUGGCAGAGAUGGGAUGUAGACCUGGGCCUGACAGACUCCAAAGCCCCCUAAUUCAUGUCCACAAUGUUCACCCCCAGGGAUGUUUGAGAAGGGGAGGGCUGUGGGGUGCCAGAGCGGGGACUGCCUUCCUGUCCCUGGUGUCUCCUGCCCCACGCCAGGCCCAGGAGACAUGAAAGGCUCCCUUCUCUGCCCCCAGACACCAGGACCCCUGGUCCUGUCGCUCCCAGGCCCCGGCACCCCUGAGCCAUGGCCACUUCGAAGUGUCCCGGGGAGGAGGAGACCACCAUCCUCAUGGCUAAAGAAGAGCUGGAGGCCCUGCGCACCGCCUUCGAGUCCGGUGACAUCCCCCAGGCCGCCUCCCGCCUCCGGGAGCUGCUGGCCUCCUCCGAGAGCACCCGCCUGGAGGUGGGUGUCACCGGCGAGUCAGGCGCUGGCAAGUCGUCGCUCAUCAACGCCCUCCGUGGCCUGGGGGCCGAGGACCCCGGUGCGGCUCUCACCGGCGUGGUGGAGACCACGAUGCACCCCUCGUCCUACCCACACCCACAGUUUCCCGACGUGACCCUGUGGGACCUGCCUGGGGCCGGCUCUCCGGCCUGCUCCGCCGACAAGUACCUGAAGCAGGUGGACUUCGGCCACUACGACUUCUUCCUGCUGGUCUCCGCCCGCCGCUGCGGGGCCGUGGAGACGCGCCUGGCCUCCGAGAUCCUGCGCCAGGGCAAGAAGUUCUACUUCGUGCGCACCAAGGUGGACGAGGACCUGGCGGCCACGCGCACGCAGCGGCCCUCCUGCUUCAACGAGGCCGCGGUGCUGCAGGAGAUCCGCGACCACUGCGCCGAGCAGCUGCGCGCGGCUGGUGUGGCCGAGCCCCGCAUCUUCCUCGUGUCCAACCUCAGGCCGGUGCUCUACGACUUCCCGCUGCUCCUGUCCACCUGGGAGCACGACCUGCCCGCGCACCGGCGCCACGCCGGCCUGCUGUCGCUGCCCGACAUCUCGCUGGAGGCCGUGCAGAAGAAGAAGGACAUGCUCCAGGAGCAAGUGCUCAAGACGGCCCUGGUGUCGGGCAUCAUCCAGGCCCUGCCGGUGCCGGGGCUGGCGGCCGCCUACGACGACGCCCUGCUCAUCCGCUCGCUGCGCGGCUACCACCGCAGCUUCGGCCUGGACGACGACUCGCUGGCCAGGCUGGCGGAGCAGGUGGGCAAACAGGCCGGCGACCUACGCUCCGUCAUCCGCUCCCCGCUGGCCAGCGAGGUGUCUCCUGAGGCUGUCCUGCGGCUCUACUCGCAGUCGUCCAACGGCGCCAUGCGGGUGGCCCGGGCCUUCGAGAAGGGCAUCCCCGUGUUCGGUACGCUGGUGGCCGGCGGCAUCAGCUUCGGCACCGUCUACACCAUGCUCCAGGGCUGCCUCAAUGAGAUGGCAGAGGACGCCCAGCGGGUCCGCAUCAAGGCCCUGGAGGAGGAUGAGUCCCAGCCCGAGGUCAGCUUGGAAGCGGCUGGUGACAACCGCGUGGAAAACCAUGGAUCUGGGGAGGGAGGUGGCGAGGAAGCCCCAAUCUCCAUCCGCCGGAAGCUCGGCCUCCUGCUCAAGUACAUCCUCGAAAACUGGAAGAAGCGCGACUUGGAAGAGAAGUAAAAGUGCAGCCCCCACCCUCCCCACCUCAUCCACAAACCAAGCCUUAAUAAAGCCAAACAAACGAAAGGCCCAAGUCGGAGCUGUUGCUGAGGGGCAGGGUGCACAGGGGUCUGGGGGAGGCGGGCGGCCCCAGGUGGAAGAGGGGUACACUGAGCAGGGAUGGGAAUUGACCCUGGAAAGAGGGAAGUUCUGGGAAUGGGUGGUGGGCUGGGGUCUCCUUGGCGAUCUCACUCUCCCUGGUCCCUAAGCGGCCAAGCGGGAUUGUGGGGCCACUGGGCAGCCGGGCCUGGAUCCAGGACAGGAGCCAACUGUCAGCCUGCGGUGGGUGGCCGAGUGGGGACCAGGGCCUGCACAGGUACUUAUUUCAGUUGCAAAGGCAUAUCCCUUCCAGAGAACCCCAGGGUCCCAAAGGCCCCCUUUGGAGGGGGGAGGGGCAGCCAAUCAGUGCCCAGGAUUGGCACAAUGGUGCCUAGCAACUGGGUUAAGCAGAGGUGGGCACACGGGCAUCCUGGGCCAGCACUGCUGCCUGUGAGUGAUGGCGGGCUGGGUGGUUGGCAGAGUGGAGCCACGUGGACCCUGGGGGCCUUAGUGCGGAGGUGGUGAGAGGGUGGAUGGGCGGUUUCUCUGAGCAUCGAGGGGGAGAGGAGGCAAGAGGGCACAACUCCACCACCUAGAAAGGAUGGUUUCAGAAAGAUGGUGGGUGUGUCUGAGCGUGACUGUGUGUGGCAAUACGUGUGUCUGACUGGGAGGAAUCCUGGUGAGUCUUCCUGAUUUUGAGUAGUUUGCUGAGACUGGAUAUACCUGUCUGUCUGCAUGGUUUGUGCCAGACAGAGAGAGAACACGAGCGAGAGAGAAAGGGUGCACACGUGCGCCCCCUAGUGAGUACUGGGAAUGUGGUGAAAGGCCAUGGGUCUCAAAGUGAUGGUAACUGUGUUGGGAUCUGAAAGUUUCACAGGGCUGAGUGCCAGAGAAUGUGCAACACACUGGGUGUGCACAUCUGUGUCUGGAUCAGGUGACCCAGUGAAACCAAAUUCCUUGGCUGAUUCAAAGAUCACACAUGUUUAAAAAAGUCCAAGAACUGGGCUGGGGGCCCUGGACAGGACGGGUUGCCCCAGGACUUCUGUGGGCUUGGGCAAGGGUCAGGCAAGGGUUGGAUUUAGGUGCACAGAAGGGGGAGUUUCCAGCAAGUCCCAGAAGGCCCUGGAGGCUGUGUACAAGGCCAGUGGCAAAAUGGGGACUGUGGGGUCGGGAGGUGGCCUCCCCCCAGGUGCUCACAAAUACUCCCUGUGGGUUUUCCAGGAUCUGGUGAUGGUUCUUGCCUCAUUUGGGGGCCUCAAAUUACCUGGAACCCUAGGAAACAGUUCCUGACUCAGAGGGUUCACUUCGACUUGCACAAUUAAAGGGGGUACCAAUUCUCUCAGCUGAAGAGCUCUCCCCUUUGCAGAAGGGAUUCCUCUCUUCCCAGAGGCCUCCCCAUUCAUUGGCUUUGCCAGACAACUGGGGUUUACGUGGGCCCUUCUGCACCAACAGUGGUGCAGGGGAUUGUGGGAGGGAAAUCCCAGACCCCAGAUGCAGAAGACAGCGGGUCC